AUCAGUGUCAAACUAAUGUCAUUUAACUAAGCAAGCUUUUAAAAGUGAUAUAAUAAUAUCAAAGUAGGUUUAAGUGCGCAAAAUAGUGAUUUUUCUAGCAUACAGACUUUAAAUAAUGUAUUCUAGACUUAAAAUAAGCUGUUGCCAAUGUGCUGGAGGAAUCCUGUGCAGAUAUUUGAGUUCGGCUGAAGUAUCGACAGCCCUGCGACCUUUUUACUUCAGUGUACAUCCAGAUUUGUUUGGAAAAUACCCAGAACAGAGAAAGGUAAAUGAAAACUCAUUACAGCAAUUAAGUGCUCUAAUAGAGGCACAGCAGUCUAGUCGUAGAAUAUCUAUACCUCCACUAUCAUUUUACUUACGGCAAAAGGAUAUGGCUGAAGGAGAAUUCAAACUAGUCAGGAUCCAGUUGAACAGCAGUGAUGUUAGGGAAACAGUUGUCAAAGUUUUAAGUGCAUGUGAUAUAUCUACUAAAUAUGUUGACAAGAUACCAAGGAGUCCACAGAAGAGCAAUACUUUUAGCAAAGAAAACUUUACGAAAGCAUAUAAAGAAUACAGUGUUGAAUUUGACAAAGUAGCCAGAAUGAAGAGAAAAGUUCAGGAAAAGAAAGCAGUUGAAAAUCUCAUAGAGUGGAUCUAUGACAACAGUGCAACUGCAAGGAACAAAUAUGAUGCAACAAGUGCAACCAGGGACCAAGUGAAGAGCUUAAUAGACCACCUGUGCAGCACUUAUGGUAUAAAAGAAGUAAAAUAUGAUAGUGGUUGGAAUAUUAGCCAUAUCCGAGGUGCACUACAAAGUUUGGUCGCUCUGGCGACGCAACAUUCACAACAUAUGAGCAAUUUAACAGGUCGAACCAUUGCUUUAGGACAAUUUACUGGUGUAAGCCUAGAUGGGGAUGUUUAUCUGAAUAUUAUAGACGUGAGAAAUGAAUGGCUUUCGCUUAUUAAAAAGGUUAGCCAAGAAGAUAGCGCUCUGACACAAAUACCUCACUAUGAGGAGGCUCUUUCCAGUAUACUAAGGAAUAUACACAUUUGUAGACGGAAAUUCAUGCCAAAAGUGUCCGCUCACCAAUACUGCAGCCACAUGAGGCAGCUCAUCACGUCCAUCGGGGACUUCUACGGGCGCGGCAAGAAGAUCCCCGCCUCGGUGCCAGAGUCUCUCAGCAAAUACGAGAUUGUGGUCGAGCCCGAGGCCGGUCCACUCAUGCUGUCCCCCACGGGCCAGUUCAUCACGCCCUCCUCGUGCCCGGCCGACGAGCUCAUCUACUUCAUCAGCAACCACCUGGACGAGGCCAUGCUGCUCCUCACCGAGUACAGCAUAAACAAGCACGUGGAAAAGGCACUUUACAAAGAAGUGAAAGAGCGGUUCGGACUGCUCGAGCUGCACAAGGACGACAGCAUCACGCCGGCGCUCAUGAUACUGUGCUGCCAGCGGCUGCUCACGCGCAUCGACAAGAUCGACACGAAACUACAAGGAAACAUUUUGAAUGUCACACAUUACUACUCGGUGCUAACGGAGGGCGUUUUAUGUAUACCUUGGAACUUCAAAUAACACUUUUGCACACUUAUACCUACUUUGAGAAAAAAUUAGAUAAAUGUUGUACGUAACACUCAAUAUGAAACAUUUAGAAACAACUGUUAUAGGUAUUGCAAAAUAAUCAAUUUAUUUUAGAAAAUACACUCCACUAUUUAGAUUUAUAUAAAUUAAAAAUAUAUUGCGUGCCACUUUUUCGGAGUGUCAUAUUUCACAACUCGUGUUCCAAAAUAGUAAUAGUACACAUACAAGCAUUUAGUAUUUCUUACGGCCCAGCCACGACAUUGGUCUAAGUGCGACAGCGGUGAGCGGCAGCCAUACGUGCGAAUGAAAAGUCUCAUCGCUGUGUCUCGCUCCAAUGUAUGGCCGCCGCUCACCGCUGUCGCGCUUAGACCAAUGUCGUGGCUGAGCCGUUAAUUUCGUGGAACAAAGUUCAUUAAGAAUACGAAAUAGUUGAAAAUUUGUGAUGUUACUUUUAAGUGACUAUGGAUUUUAUAGUGAAUCUUAGUGUUGUGAUCCAUGACAGUAUCAUCUCCACUUUUUAUUUCCAGUUAUCACCCUUUAUACUUGGGCAUUAAAGGUCAACAAUGUUAACUAAGCGAGUGGUGGGUAAGAAGCUUGAAUUAUACUGAAGAUAUUAAUAUUAUAAUACGGUUUUCAUGGCCUUUUACAAUCGGCAGCACAAUGGAUCACAACACGAAUCUUUAGAAAAUUUUAACGCUUAUAUUAUGAAGUAGAGUAUAAAAUAAUUUCGAAUUUACAUUAAUUUUAAUAUUAAGGUGCUGAUACGCUUGAUCGUUCACUUGGGCUGUCGUUACCCAUAAGCACGCAAGGCUGA